CUUUCGACGACUAUAUAUAUAUACAUCAAUUUAAUAAAAAAUUAUCACAAGUUAUUCAGAAUAUAUUAGAGUAAACAUGAAGAAUUGGCAAUUAAUUUUAUUAUUUUUGGUAAAUUCCUGUUUGAUAUUUAAUGAAGCAAUUAAAAGUAAAGACUCGGGCAACGAAAAACUAUGUCAAAAAGGCACAACGUCAGAAGCUGCUAAAAAUGGUGACAUUGAAACAUUAAAAUUAGCUUUCAAGAAUAGAUGCGAAUGGGACGAAGAUACUACUCAAAUGGCGGCAGCGUAUGGACAUUUAGAUUGCUUAAUAUACCUUCAUGAAAGUAAAUGUGAAUGGGAUGAAUUAGUAACGACAGGAGCUGCUUUUAAUGGGCAUUUAGAUUGUUUAAUGUAUGCCCAUGAAAAAGGAUGUGAAUGGAACGAAACAACAACUAGAGCUGCUGCUGCAAAUGGAAAAUUAGAGUGUUUACAAUAUGCACAUACAAAACAUUGCGAAUGGGAUGAAACAGUAACGGCAGCAGCUGCUUUUUAUGGGCAUUUAGAUUGUUUAACGUAUGCCCAUGAACAUGGAUGUAAAUGGGACGAAAGCACAACUAGAGCCGCUGCUGUACAUGGGGAUCUAAAUUGUUUUAAAUAUGCACAUAUUAAUGGAUGCAAAAUAGAUGGAGCUGUCACAACAAUAGCUGCUUAUUAUGGAUAUAAGGAUCUUUUAGAAUAUUCUAACCAAUAUGGAUGUAAAAUAAGUAUAGACACAAUUAGAGCUGCUGCUGGAGAGGGACAUUUAGACUGCUUUCUUUAUGCCUAUGAACGUGGUUGUGUAUGGGAUGAAACAGUAACAGCAGCAGCUGCUUUUAGCGGUAAUAUAAAUGUUUUAAGAUUCGUUCACGAAAAAGAGUUAUAAAUAUACUUUUUAUUGUAUAUUUUGGGAUAAAUAUACAACAAUGAAUGCUGCUUUAAGUGGUAGUAUAGAGUCUUUAAAAUAUGCACAUACAGAACAUUGCGAAUGGGAUGAAACAGUAACUGCAGCAGCUGCUUAUAAUGGGCAUAUAGAUUGUUUAAUGUAUGCACGUGAA